GCCUAUAUAUUACCGAACCCACACACGACUGAUCCAAACACGCACAACACACACUAUUACGCGCACCCACCACCAAGAAAAGUUCGCAGUCCAAAGCAGUCACUUGCACAAAUAAAACAUUUCCGAUUUCGGAGCCAUCAUCCAAGAAAAUCUCCACACAAUCCCACCACCACUAAUCCAGUUUUCAACCCAACACACAAAAUCUAGAGCUGCAGACAAAUCUCGAGGUCGUUAAUGGAGAGCUUGCAGAGAUCUGCCAUAUCGUUCCGGCGACAAGGCUCGUCGGGAUUCGUGUGGGACGACAAAUUCCUCGCUGGCGAGUUUAAUAAGCUCGCGAACGAGCGGAAGGAGGAGAGCAGCAGCAACAGCAAGGAGACUCAGGAGGAUCCGGCAGCCACCGCCGUGAAGAAAUCGCCGCCGCCGCCAGCCGGAUUGACGAUCGAGAGGAGCCGAUCCAACGGCGGGAGGGGUUUCCGUACCGGGAAGGUUUCUCCGGCGGUCGAGCCGCCUUCGCCUAGGGUUUCGGCGUUCGGAUGCUGCGGUGCUUUCGGGAAGGGCGAGAAGACGCGCCGCCGGCCGCCGAAGUCCGGUAAGCGCGUGAUGUGAGGAUCGCUUGUUGGAAUAGUUCGUCUCGAUUGAAUUGAAGUUGAUAGAAUUUUGAAUCGAGAAAAUUCCAAUGAUAUUGCUGUUAAAUCUGUUUCUCUAUGACUCUAUCUGCUUUCCUCCUGGAUUUGAUCCGUUAUAUGUUAGGUGUUAGGAUUGAAGUUUCUUUUUCUUUUUUACUUAAAUAUUUCUUUUUGACUUUUUGUGUAAUACAUGUGUGUGGAUGGAUGUUAGAUAUCAGUGGAAAUUGUUGAUGCUAA